AUGACAUCUGCGAUGACUCGACCGGAGGACACAGUGCGCGGGCCGCGCUUGUAUCGCGGCGAGACAGAUGAAGAAGAAGUAGAAAUUGGAACGCCCGAAUCAAGCAGCUUCCAGGCACUGUCGCAGAAUUCGCAACAAGAUGACUCUCUAUACCCAGAGGAGGAAGAAAGCAGGCCAGGCACUGCUUUAGGGGAUGCUCCAGCGAAUGUUAGCAAGCAAACGGCCGGACCAAAGAUGCUCACUCCCGAAGAAACCAUCGAGCUAGCACGAAACGCUGUUGAGAGUGGAAUACAAGAUACCAAGCGUUCUUUGGCAGGCAGUGAAGCUGUCACAGACGUGGUCAAGCCGAAAUUGACUAUUGAUCUUGGUCAUUCGAACAUUGCUCGCAUACCCGAGCCAGUCGUGGACUUGAUCAAAGAUGAGGUUGAACGCAGCACAGCUCCGAGCUAUACUAACCAUGACGAAGAUUAUCCCUAUCCAACAAUCAACUUUUCCAUAUUCCCUAUCGAUUCGCGGAAUGCUCGCAUUUACGUUAUCUCAACAUCAGAGCGAACAAUUUCCGUGAAUUUCCAAAAGGAGUAUGUUUACAAAUUACCAUUGCUCGAAAUUCUGGAUCUGAGCCGAAAUAAGAUCAAAGAAUUGCCAAAUGAGAUUAGCAAAUUGAAGUCGUUGCGGGUUCUGUCGGUGAUGCAGAAUCGUCUGAACGACCUUCCAAUUGGCCUUGCUGAAAUGCACAAGCUACAAAUAUUCAAAUGUGCUGGCAAUCCUCUUCGACAGCCACUUCGUGACAUUUUGGAAGAAACCGAAAACGAAAUGACACCAUCGGGGUUGACCGAUAAUGAGAAAGAAGUUGCAGCCACUACCAAACUCAAGAGAUUCUUCAUGAAGUCUAGGCAGUCCGUGACUACGCCCGAACCAGAGGUGUACACCGAUGCAAGCGAUGGUAGUUUCGAGGCCAAGCCGAUCCCAACACCGGGACCUUCAAAGAGAAACCUGAGUGGCCGGUUUCCAGUAAUACCCAGCACUGGCGAUGGCUCAGCAGCCUCAUCCCGGUCCCCAUCAAUAUCGCGAGCGCCUCCAAUCCCCGCCAAAUCACAUUUCCGGAUGGCCUCCGGGCAACAAGGCGCUACUUAUCAUAUGCCCGGUCUACAAAGGCCCCCCAUUGCACCCCACAGCGUCAAUGAGCGCAAUCGAAGCAACAGCGAGGGCAUCAUUCAAGGAUCAUCUGCUGCGCGUAGCAAGAGGAUGGGGCUGAUAACUCGCAAAAACACUGAUUUAGGCACGUUGGAUGAAACACGCCCGUAUCGAAACAGCCAUUUGCGGGGUCUCAGUCACGGCUCUGUGCUACGAGCGCGUCAACCUCCUGCGCCAAUGGCCACAAAUGACAGUACUCCUCAGAGUCCCAGCAGCCCAAGAGAGCGUCGACGCCCCCGAGAGGGAUGGGUCAAUCGGAUGUCUAGUCUCCCUGAACACAAAGGCGAGCGUGGAUCUGAUGACCCAAUAAUCAAAAGUGCGAAAGGAGUUUUAUUUGCAUUGUUCCAAGUUCAUUCGCAUAUUGAUACUUUGAUCAACGUGAUCAAGCAUGAUGACACAAGACGUCACAGUCUUGAGCUCGUCUUUUACAAUGCUUCCUCGCAUGUGGAUCAACUGAAUGAUGUCCUUGAGAAAGCUGCAUCCUCUUUAUUCAAUGACCCAGAUUCGACCCAUUCGGUCAUAGAGACAGUUAAACGUGAAUGCGAGACAUGCAUAGCGGCAUAUAUUCACGUCGGCACGCAACUGCGCAAUAGCGCUGCCAAAAUAGUCUCUAACGGCGAUCCACGCUAUGUGCGCUCGUUGAUGAUGAUGAUUUAUGGCAGCCUAGUGGAGCUACGCAAUGCCUGCCUUAUUCUCAGAGCACCACUUCAAUUUUCCAGCAAACGCUUAUCUGCUACAAAGCGCCUCGUUGGCCCAGCCAACCCAUUGCCCUCGAUCCCAGAUGGAUCCCAACUGCCGCUGGUCACCCCUACAAGGGAACCUGUUCCACCGACACGACGGAUGCGAAGUGACACGACAAUCCGGCAUCCUCAAUACCCUAUGACCAUGACGGCAUCCAGCCAGACUGGUAGCAGCUCCCCCGGCUUCUCCACGCCGUAUUCCCGUAGUCGCUCUAGCAGCAGGUCAAACUUGACCAACGUAUCUGUGCCCCACGCGUUAGCAACCCCUCGCUCGGGCGAAAGUUUCCCUCCUAUGCCCGUCUCUGGGGCUCCUCGGGUAAACACGUUGACUGGGCUGGAUGAGAACGAAGAGGAGCGAAUCUUCGAAAGAAUCUUCCACCAGCUCAAUUCUACACAUACCGCUGCACAUGGGGCACUCCCGCUCGCCCGUCGCCAGUUCAUCAGAUGUCUGGAAGUAGCUCAGCAAUCCCGCGACUCGGAGGGGCUUCAGCUGCUUUGGAACAACCUCAUCCGCCGAGCUCAAGUCUGCCAAGAGGUAUCGGAUGCUUUGGGGCAGCGACUCUCCACCAUGAAAAUCAAAGAACCAGGCGGUGGACUCCGCAACCAACGCGAAUUCUGGCAACUAUGCAAAUCGUUCAUGCAAUCAUUCGUCGAUUUGGUGAACGAAAUGCGCGAGGUGAGAAGCAUGCAGCUUCUUCCCUCUGACAUCAUCAUCCUCCUCCGGCCAGUCCAAAAGGCAAGCCGAGAAGCGGGCCGUUUAAUCGAAGUAUCCCCUUGGGCGUACCUCGCAGAUCCAGACCGUCACCCCCAUCCCAACGUCUUAUACGGACCUCCACUGCAGCCCCCGUACUUGCAGCACCAAACAUCUGCCUCUACAUCCGCCAUCACCAACCCCUCUUUCCAACAUAACAUGAUGAUGCCCCCACAAUCCAUCACCGUCCCUGCCACCCCACUGAGUGCGGCGCUCGGUCCUGCUGCGCAGGCCACAGUACCGUCCACGCCGGCGAGUGCAUACAGUGACAAGUUCUUUGAGGGAGAUGUGUUCCAGCGUGCUGACGCGCUCCUUUCGUCGAAUCAAGCACCUUUCUUCCGUCGCUAG